AUGCUCACCCUGAUUGAGCCUUUGGCGUCGUCAGUCUUCGCGCCUGGGGUUCCCGAGUUGAUGCAAAAUUUCGACAGCACAAACACAGAACUGUCUGCCUUUGUCGUGUCAGUCUAUGUCCUGGGAUUUGCUUUUGGACCGAUGGCGCUGGCUCCCAUGUCCGAGAUGUGGGGACGCGUACCAGUCUAUCACACCACUAACUUUAUAUUCCUGACGUUCACCGUGGCAUGUGCCAAGGCACCCUCUCUCGACAGUCUCAUUGUUUUCCGCUUCUUCGCCGGGACCUUCGGCGCGGCCCCCAUGACCAACGGAGGUGGCAGCAUUGCAGACAUGUUCCCUGCUGAAGAGCGGGCAGGAAUUAUGGCGAUCUUCACGGUGGGACCUCUAAUAGGGCCCAUUAUUGAUCCCGUCAUCGGGGGUUUUCUGGCAGAUGCCGAGGGUUGGCGCUGGGACUUUUGGCUCAUUGUCAUUGUGGCUGGCGCUAUUUCUCUCACCAUGCUUCUCACACUGAAGGAGAGCUAUUCUCCAGUGAUCCUUGAACGAAAAGUAAAAAGGAUUCGAAAGGAGACUGGAGACGACCGCUGGUAUUCCAAAACGGACACGGGACUGUCACUUAAGGAACUCUUCAAGAAGAGCAUUGUGAGGCCAAUCAAUCUGCUGGUCUUUUCACCGAUUUGCACGAUUUUCGCCUUUUACCUGGCUCUGGUAUACGGCUAUAUCUUCCAUUACAUGGUUGCUAUCAUCGGCUUGGGUUUUAUUGGCGUUGGUAUGUGUACCUUGACCUUCAUGUGGUGCUCCCUUACUAAAGCAGAAAACUCCCUAUGUAACCUUAUCAGUUUCAUGGCUAUUUGCACAUACCUCGUAGACGCAUACGAGCUAUACGCUGCCUCAGCACUCGCGGCGAAUAUUAUUCUCAGGUCGAUCGCAGGUGCUUUUCUCUCUCUUUGUGGAAGGAAAAUGUACAAUGCCAUGGGCUUGGGAUGGGGAAAUACCCUGCUUGGUUUCAUUGCGGUGGCGCUCAUUCCCAUCCCAUUCCUCCUCCUUCGAUACGGAGAGAUACUGAGGAAGAAAUUCGAGAUUGGCAAGCUAUAG